GAAAGUCUCUGCUAGCUAGCUUGAUAUGAUCCUUCUGUCUUUACUCUGAUAAAACACGCACAGAAGUAUAAUGGUGUCAUAACCUUAAUUAAUUUCCUUCCCCAUUUUCAAUUCCUUACAAACAAUAUAAAUAUCACACACGUUUACGCUCAUCACACUUCGCAUAUAUAAUUUGGUGACUAGUAGUGGUGCCUGACUAUUUAUGACGGCUACUCUUUCACCUUUUAUGUAUGUCCCAACAAUGAAGAAUCACAAUCAAUCAUCUACUGUUAAUUGUACCAAAAUGAGUAUAGAUAAUUCAUCCAUUUCUGAAGCUGAUCAUGAUUGCAGCUCAAAUUCUUCCACUUCAUCACCUGCUAUACCAACAAACUCACAAAGCCCUAAAACAAGUACCACCACCAAUAUCAAACGGACCCGUGAUUCGAGUACCAAACAUCCCGUUUAUCGAGGCGUGCGUAUGAGAAGUUGGGGAAAAUGGGUGUCAGAAAUCCGCGAGCCAAGGAAAAAAUCACGUAUAUGGCUCGGGACAUUCCCGACACCAGAAAUGGCAGCCAGGGCACAUGAUGUUGCCGCGCUCAGCAUUAAAGGAGGCGCGGCAACUCUUAAUUUCCCAGAACUCGUGGGAUCGCUCCCACGGCCCGUUUCUUGCUCCCCAAGAGACGUGCAAGCCGCGGCGGCUAAAGCAGCCGCCAUGACCGAAUUUGACUUUCCAUCAUCAUCUAUAGAAACCGAGUCAGAGGAGCUAGACGAGAUCAUUGAGUUACCGGUUCUAGGAUCAUGUUUUGACUCGCUCGAGCUAAAGAACGAGUACAUAUACACGGAUUCGGCGGCGGAAGGGUGGCUGUAUCCACCAUCGUGGAUGAACAUUGUGGAUGAUUGUGAAAAUGGGUAUGUGGUUUGUGGUCAAGAAAACGUUACUACUAGUUCCUCUGCCUUUGAAUCUGCCUUAUGGUGGAAUUAUUAGUGUGCGUGUUUUUAAGUGUCUUGUCAGUUUUUUAUUUGUCUAUCAAACUUUUUACUUUCUUUUUUUUUUAACUUUGGCCCUUUCGCUUUUUUUCUUAAAGGGUUAUAUCUCUGUGUGCUUGUUUUGUGUAUGUUAUAAUUUUGCAUCCAGGGAUACCUUUUUUAAUUGAAUAUAUAUUACUAUUUAUAUGUA